AUGGGUUUCAAGAUCACUCGCAUUCAGCGACUAAGCGCUGUUCUUUGCAUAUCGUCUUGCUUCUUUAUUGCUGAGAUAUCUGUCGGCUUCUAUACCCACUCACUAGCCUUGAUUGCAGAUGCUUUCCACUAUCUUAAUGAUCUCGUCGGAUUUGCAAUUGCUCUUGCUGCAACAAUAAUUGCCGAGAAAGGCACACCACCCAAGGCUCUUACAUUUGGUUGGCAGCGGAUUCAACUACUAGGUGCCUUUUUCAAUGGUGUCCUGCUUUUCGGAUUGGGAAUAAGUGUGUUUUUACAAUCUCUUGAGAGAUUUGUUUCUUUACAACGUGAGUCUGAGUUGUCUGCGGGAUAUUUGAUUGAUUGUAAAUACUCAUUUCGUGAAGGGGUUGAACAACCGAAGUUAGUCCUUCUUAUGGGCUGUGUGGGAUUUGGAUUGAAUAUUAUCAGCGUUUUGUUUUUACAUGGUGAGUUCUUCUUCAGCUAUUCAUCGCAUAUACAGGUUAACACUAAGUGUUUUUCUUUUCUUUUCAUAGAUCAUGACCACGGACAUGGCCACGACCAUAGUCACGAUGAAAGUUCUCACACGCCGGAAGAUUCAGCAUCAGCCAGUUUAGUAAACGAGAAGCACAUUCAUCAUAAUCACCAUAUCAAAAUUACAAAUGCUCCAUCCCAAGGCAAGAACCGCGACUUAGCUAUGAUGGGUGUCCUGAUCCAUGUCAUCGGUGACUGUGCGAACAAUAUUGGUGUUAUAAUUGCAGCGGCAGUUAUCUGGUUCGCGAAAUAUGGUGGGAGAUUUUAUGCAGACCCUGCUGUUAUGAGUACAAUGUUGAUCUUGAUCUGUGUGCGACAAAUGCUUACGAACAAAUCAGUCAAACAAUCUGGUCUUAUUCUCCUUCAAAGCGCACCUCAAGGUGUAGACUAUGAUGAUGUGAAAGAUGAUCUGGAAAAGAUACCCGGCAUCCUCGCAAUACACGAACUCCACAUUUGGCGCCUUAACCAAGAAAAGUCUCUUGCAUCAGCACACAUUGUGUUGGAUAGUGAUGUUUUACCUGAUUUCGAGAAUAUCGCCAAAACAAUCAGGGAAUGUCUACAUGAGUAUGGUAUUCAUUCUAUUACCCUGCAACCGGAGGCGUACAUUCAACGACAGAGCUCGAAUUCCGACUCAGUUGAGGGUACUGGUGCGAAUGUGAGCGAUGAAUCAGGAAAUGGUGCUACAAGGCAAACUAGUUUGGAUGACUCGUUAAACCAGUGUAAAGCUGGCUGUGGAAGUUUGUGUUUGGAACAAACUUGUUGUCAAUGA